UAAAAAGAUGUCAUUGAUUUUUCCUGAGGAAACUGACAACAGUUAUGUGAUACUCCGUCCAGCUAAGCCCAUGAGCUUCACAGCCUUCACACUCUGCAUGAGCUUCGGAUCGGAGUUAAAUUUAUUGCGGGAAACUAUCCUAUCUUCCUAUUAUAACUCAGGAGAUGCACUAAAUCUGUGGGUUGAAUAUGGAAUUUUUAAUGUUUACUUGCUUCACUCAAAUCCUGUAAGUUUCAAACUUCCUCAUCUCAACACAUUCUGGACCAAUCUGUGUGUAACAUGGGAGUCGUCAUCUGGACUGAUUGCCGUUUGGGUUGAUGGUAAAAGCAGUGGCAGGAAAGUUUAUAGACAAGGACACAAGGUUCAGGAUGGGGGAAUUGUAAUUCUGGGACAAGAUCAGGAUAACCUGGGGAAUGAGUUUGACAAAAAGCAAAGCUUUAUUGGGGAAAUAACCAGCGUUCAUUUGUGGGACUACGUGCUAUCGUCUGAUGAACUAUGUCUUGUCAGUCAAGGACAUACUGAGCCUAGAUUGUUCUAA